GCAUGUCUAUAAAUAUACUUUUGGAACUGGCUAUCGUUCAAACCGGAAAUUAAAGGAGAGCUGAGCCUGAGCCUGAACCUUUUAGACACACGCAUGAUGGCUCCUCCUCGUCCAGCUUCUCGCAGUCGCACGCAGCGGCACCGUUUGUCUGCCCCAUUCAUGGUCCUCCUGUUCCUUGCACUGGCCACCAGCAGUACAGUAGCCAACGCCCAACUGUCCGACAGCUACUACGACGCUUCCUGCCCGGCCGCGCUGCUCACCAUCAGGACCGUCGUGUCGGCGGCGGUGCUGCUCGACCCCCGCAUGGGCGCCUCCCUCCUCCGCCUCCACUUCCACGACUGCUUCGUCCAGGGCUGCGACGCGUCGGUGCUUCUUGACGACACUGGCAGCUUCACCGGCGAGAAGGGCGCCGGGCCGAACGCCGGGUCGCUGCGCGGGUUCGAGGUGGUCGACAACGCCAAGACGCUGCUGGAGACGGUGUGCCCGCAGACCGUCUCGUGCGCCGACAUCCUCGCCGUCGCCGCCCGCGACGCCGUCGUCCAGCUCGGGGGCCCGUCAUGGACGGUCCUCCUGGGGAGGAGGGACUCCACCACGGCGAGCGCGUCGCUGGCCAACAGCGACCUCCCCGCGCCGUCCUCCACCCUCGCCACUCUCCUCGCCGCUUUCUCCAACAAGGGACUCACCACCACCGACAUGGUUGUCCUCUCGGGUACAGUACACGUACGCUUAAUUAUAUGCUAAUUAAUGAUCGCACGAUCUCUUUGUCUAAACUAAUCCAACACUAUCCUAGAAAUUAAUCAGCACGUACCGUCUAGACGAAAAUUAAAUUAAGAGAAGAAAUUUCUACAUCAAUAUUAUCGCUCCGAAUGAAUCACUCCUUCUACAUAGGUCCAUCUUUGCCUAUUAAACAUGGGGUACAUGAGGGUAGCAAGUUCAAAAUUCUCCGUACGUAGGAUAUGGGAUUUCUCUUGUAUAUAUAUAUAAUUCAAAUAUGCAUGCAUUCAUGGAUGGUCUUGGCUUUGACUCGAUCUGCAUCUCUAGUGCACAUGGCAUGUUGCAAAAUUGAAGGGUCCCAAAUUCAUAUAUCUGAAAGACUGAAUAUGCAUUACAUUAUUAUUAAUGAUAUGCACCGAUCAACCACAAAACUAGUGAUGAAUAUGAACCAUACAGUAAAUUUCCAUUUCAAAAACAACAAGCGUGAGUCACAUAAAGUAGUUAGAUUUUGUACGUAUGCGUGCGUGACAGCAGACAUAAGUACGAACUCCAUGCAUAUGCAUGCAUGCUUGUCUGUUCCAUACUUCCAUUAAUAAUUAAUUCUGACUGGUGUGAGCGCGAUCUCCUCAGAAGCGUCCUAAUGAGAGUAUACGUUCAUGCAUAUGCAUCCACACAAAAUACAAAUCGUGGAUCAUGCACACAUAUGGCUAGUAGCAAAAGCUAGUCAAGGUUAUGCAUGAAUUCAUAUAUGAUGCGUCGGCUUAAUUGUCUGCAUUCGCCUCAAUUCAAUACAGUACACAGUGAUCUCAAUAGUGAUGAUCGACGACGGCUGUCACCUUCGCUUUAGUUUGCAACCUCUCGCAACACGUAACAUGCCUCAACUAUCUGCACAAUGAUCGAUCGAUCUCGAUCAAGGUGACCACCUACCUAACUCUCAGAGUCUCAGUCGUUCACUAUAUAUCGUGCAUGGAACCACAUUGCAUGCAUGUCAAAUCAUGUUGCCGCGAUUGAUCGAUCACGAGAAAUCAACACACAUAGAUACACAAAUUUUAACAAUUUCAUCCUUUGCAAAAACUAAUUUUAUAAAUAAACGCGGUCAAAACUUAUUUCAAAAAUAACCUUCGUAUGACGCUGAAAUUUGACACCUCAGCGCCACGUCAACUGGCGUUGAAUGCCGUGCCACUGCGGAUAGGAGGCUGAUUCGGCGUGCCAACGUGCAUUCAGCGCUGUGCUAUUUAGCGUCGAGGUGUCUAAGUUCAGCGCUAUACGAUUUGACGCUGAACAAAAGGAUCUUUUUUAAAAUAAGUUUUGGCCACAGUUCAUUUGUAAAAUUAGUUUUUGCAAAGGGUCAAAUUCUCACAUUUGUGCACAGAGAUAUGUAUAGCUGUCUCACAGGAGAUUUUCUUUUUAUCCACUAUGUUCAGACCGCACCUCCACUUCUUUUUCUUAUCACUAUUCCGUACGUGCUCAUUUCCUUGUUGACAUUAUUAUUGGUGCACGUCAAAUCACGAAACGGCUAAUGGGCGAUCGCUCGCCUGGCGAUGGGGGCAGCGAUCAAUUCGCUCCCCCCUCCCUCCACCUGGUUUCAUUUUUUGGCACCGCAUUAUUUUCCUAUUUUAGUAAAUUUAUGCACCUAAAAUUUAUACACCUCAAGUUUACACAUCUAAA